UUAAGGGGGUAAUUUCAUGCUUUGAUUAGUGUCCCUGAGUAGAGAUUCAGUAGGGAUGUCACCUGAAUAGCGGUACCCCUAUUCAAGGGGACACGUUUUUGGUCUCCUUGGUGUCUCUUAAUUGGGAUUCUACUGUAUUUAAAAAAUAUGUCUUCAUUUCGGUUAAAUCCAUUUCAGUGUGAUAGCCUGUGAAUCUCAAUUGCUGUGAGAAGAAGAUCACAAAUGAAGAAUGGAGAAAGCAGAGUUGAAUAUUAUGCUCGUGAAUCUUUCUGCGGCAAUCCCCAAGAAAGAUGUGGAAAUGUUGAAGGUUCUGUACACAGACUUUUCAAUUGUGAAAGCAGAAUUUCAGAAAGCUAAAUGUGCAUUUGAUUUAUUUGAAAUACUCAGAAGAGGAAACAUUCUGAAGUCAACAGACAUUUCAGUUUUGUUUGAAACAGUUGAACUAACUGGAUUGAACUUUCUGAAGGUAAUAAUUGAGAAAUAUGAGCCCUUUCCAGAUGAAGUGAAGAUCAACCGGUUUUCAGCAUAUCGUCAACGUGUUCUUUCUCUUGGUAAAGGCUUUUCAAUCGGGGAUCUCCAGAAGCUUAAUCAUCAAUAUAGAGUCGACUUCUCUAAUUCAUGGGAAUUGAUUCAGUAUCUUGAAGGAAAACAAUUUCUGUCCCAACAUAAGAUGCCAUCAUUCCUCCAAUCUUUGACCAAGAUUGGCAUAGAGGAAGGUAUUCAAGAAAAAUUAACAUCAAAAAGACCAGAGUUAGACAAAGUAGGUAGUAGAGAAGCAUUAACAUCAAAAAGACCAGAGCUAGACAAAGGAAUUACGGAGGGCAAUUUCAGGCAGCUGUUACUAGAUUUUUCAAAAUGGUAUGAUGGACUUGGAUUCAUCAAUAGGCUGAAAGUUCUGUACAACAACAGAGAUCUUGUACCAAGUUAUAAUGAUUUAAUAAUGGCUACUAAAGUAAUGGCCUUGAUGCAACAGUUAAUUGCUUCAGGGAAUUUGAGUUCAACAAAUCUCACUAUCCUGUAUGACACAUUAAUAGUGACUGGACAAUUUGGCUUCAACUCCAAAAUUGUACUUCCAUCUUUACAAAGAAUCAGGGAACAUGAAGUGAUUAAAUUCUCAUGGUACAGACAGUUCCUGUUAAAGCUGGGAAUGGAACUGACUGAAGAUGAUAUAGAGGAGCUCGAUACACGGCAUAAUAAGUCACCGCUCUUAAAGCAUUAUAAAGAUAGCUGGCAUUUGAUUCUGGAUCUAGAGCAAAGAAAAGAGCUUUGUGAAGAAAAGAUUGAUGAUUUUAUUGAAGGAUUACCAAGUUACCCAGCUGUCGCAGCUUUACUGAAAGAAAAAAGAGAAGCAUCAACAUCAAAACGACGAAUGUUAAAUGUGGGUAUUGGAGAAGCAUCUACAUCAAAACGACCAAAGUUAGACAAAGAACCAGGCGAAAUGCAACGAUAUAGCAUGACCAAUAUGCCACGUGGGAUAUGCCUGAUCAUCAACAAUAUGAAGUUCGAAGAGAAAUGCGGAUUGAGCGAACGUUUUGGUUCUAAGAUUGAUGAAGAAAAUCUGAACAAUCUUUUUACAAAUUUGGGAUUUGUUGUCAUUGUUGAACGCAACAAAACUGCUCCGGAUAUGAAGCGUUUGUUAGAGGAUGUAAGUCAAUGGGAUCAUAAAAACUAUGAUUGUUUUGUUUGUUGUAUCCUGUCUCAUGGAGGCUUGGGAACCAUUUGUGGUACUGAUGGAGUACGCUGCAAGAUAUUAGACAUCACCAGUCAAUUCAAGCCUCUGCAUUGCUGCAGCCUUUCUGGCAAACCAAAGUUAUUCUUUAUGCAAGCAUGCCAAAGAAGUCCAAAAACUAAAAAUGUACUCGUACAGACGGAUGACAAUGAGCCUAGUGAAAAUAGCAUACCGGAGGAUGCUGAUUUCUUGUUUGGCUAUGCCACAGCUCCCGAUAAUGCGGCAAUCCGCACUUCUCGAGGCUCUUGGUACAUAACAGAGCUGACAAAAGCUUUAAAAGAGUAUCACAACACUCAUCAUAUUCUUGAUAUUCUAACAUGUGUGAAUAAUGAGGUAAGCAAAGCUGUUGCAGGUACUUUUAAGCAGGUGCCAGCUCCUCAAUAUACCUUAAGAAAGCAGUUAUUCCUCACUAAAUCGUGAGUGAAUUUUUAAUAUUUGUAUGAUAGUAGUACUAUUGGUUAACACUUUAUGUUAAAUUGGACCUUUCGUUGAAUCAAACUUAAUAACUGAAUAGUGGUUGGAAUAAGCGCUUGUUUCACAAACACAUGUGGUGUCCCAGAAAGGCAUGUUUACGCUGUUGUUUCAUAAGAAUGUGGAACUUAGCAAAAGUAAUUAAGGUUACGUAGCUUUGCGGAUAGUCCAUUACACAGAGCCAGAAAAACUACCAAUAUAGUGGUAGAGGUUGCAACUUGUGCAUGGUUCAUGCUGUAUCCACUAGCCAGAGAAAAAUUUUCUUUUAGGAACUUACCUCGAAAAAAAAAAGAUAGUCCAACCUAGGCUUAUAUAAUGCAACACUUAACGUAAUAUGUCUUGAAAUCACGUAUUUCACUUACACUAAAGACCAACAACGUCACUUCUGAUUUGUGUGGUCGAUUUCGUGAAUGAUGAGAGACGGAAAAGAUUGUUAACAAAUAGCACUUACCUGAAGAUCCUGUUGUGUGAUAGCACUGCCCAAGCCACAGGCACCUGGGUAGAGAAGACACUGUGGUGCUUAUUCAAAAUAGAAUAAUUUUGAAUAAACAUUGAGAGUGGCGCUUAGCGACAAUAUUCAUAUUUGUUGCAGUGCUUAUUCUAGAAUUAAUGGUGCAAGGCUCAGAACAUAAAGAGAAGAUAAUAUACCGGUAAUGAAAAUAAAUGAUGUACACAAAUUUUGUUUUAACUUUUUAAAUUUUUUAGUUGGUGUGUUAAAUAUUUUGUAUAUAAUGUGUAGGUUAAUAUGAAAAGAGUGAAUGUAAUAGUAAGUAGUUCUUCAGUAUUGGUGAGCCUUCUAUAAUGAAAUAUUACAGUUCUGGGGCGGAUGCAGGAAUUGGUGGUAGGGGGUGCAUGCAUGAAUAAAUAGUACCUGUAGAUGGCCAGAAAUGAUAUUUUUAUAAUAGUAAAAUUCAUCAUCAUCACAUCACUAUAUCAUAUAGUCAAAAAUGAAGCGCAAAAAUUUUUUCAAGAUUUUGUUUUUUAUCGACGAUUUUCGGCAACCAUAGAGAUCUAAGUAGUAUGUGUGAUAACCAUAGAAAAUAUAACUUAAACAAUUUUCUUUGAUGUAUUUACUUUACCUAAUUCAAAGCAGUAAGUCCACAACCAUCUCUGCCACACUAUGGUGGGGGCUGAGGUGGGUGAGAAAAUUUGAGGAAAUAGUACCUUUAGAUGGCCGGAAAUGACACUUAUAUAGUAAAAUUCACCAUUAUCACACCAUCAUGUCUAGAUGAAACGCCAGCAAAUUUCUCACGAUUUUUAGUCAGGGAUUUUCGGAAAACACAGCAAUCUAAUUAUUAUGAGUGAUGUACCAUAGAAAAAAAAAAUCUUACCAAUAAUUCAUAUCAACAAUAUAAUAUUUUUCUUUCUUCUUGAUAGAAUUUAGGGGGUUCGACCGCACUCUCUGCAUCCGCCCCAGCAGUUUACUAAGAGGUGCAAGGUGAAGAACAUUCUUCACAAUAUGAUAGUGUUAUAUUGAUCAUGUACAAAAAAACUGUGAGGCAUUCCUAUAUGUUUUAGGCUUACAAUUUAUACUUAAAAAUGAUGAUGUGGUUUGUAAUAUAAGUAAUAAAUUACGUUUAAUAUUUUGUAGUACUAAUAUUAUUGACAUUUCCCAAAAAUGGUCGUUUUCUCUACGUAGACUAUAUACACCCAUUGCUUAACAAUGGGCUAAUAGCUUCACAUGAGCUUUCUCUUUUGUUUUUGUUUUUUUAGGUAGCUUUGAUCAGUAGAGUAAGAAUGCUUUGAUCUUUAAUUUAAAUCACUGUUAUGUCACCUGCUAGAGGUAAUAUUUUGAUUGGUUUACACUUUUGGUACUUAUACGCUUGUUAAUAUGAAUUAUUUUUUCAUUCCUGAUGAUGACAAAAAGUUGAAAUAUUGAAUCUCAACAUGAUGGCAUGCAUUCAA